ACUGUGGUCUGAUCUGCUUUAUCUUCCUCCCCUCCUUCUCAUUCAUCUGCUCUGAGAUGUGAUCAGCACUGAGGUAUUGCUAAAAGAGCCUCCACUAAUGGGCUUUAGACUGAAUGCACAUCUCUCUCUCUCUCUCUCUCUCUCUCUCUCUCUCUCUCUCAUUACCUUUCAGUAAAUAGUUACGCUCAGACUGGAGAAUGAAAUCGGAGAAGAUUAAAGUGGAUGAAAAUUGCGCCGAUUAGUUGGGAAGGAGGUGAAGGGGAAGAAGCGCGCGCGUCGGGUGCAAGCGCAAUGCGCAGGCGCGGAACGCUGCGCGAGCGCGAUCGCCUCUGAUAGGGGAAUAAUGGACUUUAACAAACUGUACGCCUCUGCAGGAUGCACAGAAUUAGUUUUUUUUUAUUCCAACCACAUUGCUGAAUACAACAACAACAACAACAACAACAAAUCCCUACAGUGUUUAAUGAACUCCCAGAGUGUUGAAGUAAUUCUUACAGUAUUUUAGUGCUUAUCAGCACUGUUUAUUUGUACUGCUGGUGUUAAUACAACACACUUUUGUUCUGCUGUGUACCAAACAGAACUCACCCAAUCCAAUAUGUACGCUUGUGAAUGGCUCAUGCAACUUUAAUAACGGCCAUGAUCUGCUCCGGCUCCAUUCGCAAUAACACACUCUUAGCCAGAGAGAAAACAUUGACCCGGCAUGAAGAAUGGCUCAGCUCAGGGUAAUGUGCCAUUUAAAAGCAAUUUAAGGAGCUCGACAAAAGCCAUGCAGCGCCUCUUUAAUUGUUCCAGCAGCCCCAAUGUUAUCAGGCGAGCAGACAUUCAUCACCAAAGAGCCGACCUCAGCAUUUAGAUAAGGAUCAAGGGCAGAUUAGUGCUUCAAACGAGGUUGAGAUACGGACGUGCGUUAUGACAUCCAAAAAGGUCCUUACAAUCCAAAUGAUCUGUAAAGAGGCAUCACUUUGGAUCAGGUUAUAUGGUGAAACGUAAACUGGUGAAAGUUAGGACACAAGUUCUUAAAAUCAGUUUUAUUUCACUUUUUUUUUGUUGUUGAUUUUAAUUGCUGGCACAUAUUACUUGCAGUUUUGCUCAAAUGAUGGUUGAGUUCCUAAAUGCCACAAAAAAGUUUUUUUCCCUUCUUAUCAUCGCCAACUGAUUAUGGACCCUCUGCUGAGAAGUGGCAAACCUGCAGUGAAGAUAAAAAGGCCCUCAAAUAAGCAUUAACCUGUGUUUGUUUGUGUUUUAGCAGAGACGAUGGUGAACCCAGGAGGCAGUGCUCAGUCCGCACCAGUUGGAGCUGGUACCAUGUCGUGGAAGCGCUGCGCAGGCUGUGGAGGGAAGAUCGCCGACCGCUUCCUCCUCUACGCCAUGGACAGCUACUGGCACAGCCGCUGCCUUAAAUGCUCGUGCUGCCAAGCCCAGCUCGGAGAGAUCGGCACCUCAUGCUACACCAAGAGUGGCAUGAUCCUGUGCAGAAAUGACUACAUCAGGUUAUUUGGGAACAGCGGGGCGUGCAGUGCUUGUGGACAGUCCAUCCCAGCCAGUGAACUGGUCAUGAGGGCACAGGGCAAUGUGUACCACCUCAAGUGUUUCACGUGUUCUACUUGCCGGAACCGGCUGGUCCCUGGAGACCGGUUCCACUACAUCAACGGCAGCUUGUUCUGCGAACACGAUAGACCCACAGCGCUCAUGAACGGCCACUUGACUUCACUGCAGACGAACCCACUCCUUCCUGAUCAGAAGGUGUGUUAGGAGGGAGGAGUUGCUCAAAGCGGGAUGUGUGCCUUCAUUCCAGCCCUCGCUCAUUGUCACUGAAGAUCUCUCAGUCCUGACCUGACCGCCGCCCCCACCCUCCUUUCCUAUUCACUUCCGGAGUCGCAGCACUACCCCAGCUUCCCCUUAUGAUUAUCCCAGAAUUCCUCUCUAAACCUCCCCCUGACCUGACCCCUGUUCAUAGGCGGAUUCCCAGCGUUGAGGCGCUUCCAAUGGAAAUCUGAGGACUCCAUGACUUACAGGAGACCGAUCAGACCCUGUGGGACUCAAAGACAGACAGAGAGAGAGAGAGAGAGAGAGAGAGUGAGAGAGAGAGUGAGAGAGAGAGUGAGUGAAAAGAGAGA